AUGGGGCUGUGGUGCCAUGUGUGCCUCUUGCUGAAGCUCGCCCUGGCCCCGCUGGGCACCGGCACCUGGCAGUGCCCCCGCAUCCCUUACAGCUCCACCAGGAACUUCUCCGUCCCCUACGAGUUGCCCAGCAUCGACGCCGGGCUGCUGCCGGACCCGCUGGAGCCGUGGCUGUACAGCUGCGGCACGGCGCGGCAUGGGCUGUGCUACCUGCACCAGCUGGAGGUGUGGGACGGCAAGGUGGCUAUCACAACCACACGCUGCUUGUACUCGGCUGCGGGCAACAGCCCCACGUACUGCCCCGACUGCGUGGCCAGCCCCCUGGGGACCAGUGCCACUGUGGUGGCCACCCUCUAUGCCUCUUUCUUCUACCUCGGCUCCACCGUCAACAGCAGCGUGGCAGCACGGUAUAGCCCACAAUCGGUGUCGGUCCGCAGGCUGAAGGGCACCUUGGAUGGGUUUUCGGAUGACUUCCAGUGGCUGACGGGGCUACCGCAAUACCGGGACAACUACACCAUCCACUACGUGCACUCCUUUGACGAUGGGGACCACGUCUACUUCCUGACGGUGCAGCCAGAGCGGCCGGCCUCGGCGGCGUACCACACGCGCCUGGUGCGUCUCAGCACCCACGAGCACGACCUCCGCCGCUACCGCGAGCUCGUCCUCGACUGCCGCUUCGAGUCCAAGAGGCGGCGGCGGCGCAGUGUCGAAGAGGACACCGAGCGCGACGUCACCUACAACGUGCUGCAGGCUGCCCAUGCCGCCCUCCCCGGCGCCCGCCUGGCCCGCGAACUCGGCAUCAACGACACCGACAUGGUGCUUUUCGGCGCCUUUGCCGAGAGCUGGCCGGAGAGCCGAUCGCCGCGGGAGGACUCAGCCGUCUGCGCCUUCCCCCUCCGUCUCCUCAACCAGGCCAUGGAGGAGGGCAUGGAGAAGUGCUGUGGCACCGGGCACCAGCCGCUGCUGCGGGGGCUCAGCUUCUUCCAACCGGUGCAGUACUGCCCGCACAACGUGAAUCUCUCGGCACCAGUGGUCAACACCAGCUGCUGGGACCAGCCCACCCUUGUCCCCGCCACCUCCUAUAAGGUGGACCUGUUCAACGGGCACCUGGCCGGUGUCCUCCUCACCUCCAUCUUCGUCACCGCCCUGGGGGAUGUCACGGUGGCCCACUUGGGCACAGCAGAGGGACGCAUCUUCCAGCACUUCAGGGGCUGUGGCUGGUGCGGGGACGGAUGCAUGCGCCGCCAUGAAUGCGCCGGCUCCUGGGUCCAGGACAGCUGCCCGCCCGUCCUCACUGACUUCCACCCCCGGAGCGCCCCGCUGCGGGGCCAGACACGGGUGACGCUGUGCGGCAUGACCUUCCGCUCCCACCUGGACCCCGACCCCCGCCGCAGCCCCCCCGGUGCCUACCGGGUGACGGAGCCCCACAUCAGCACCCUGCACCCCCUGUUUGGACCCCGGGGGGGUGGCACCCACCUCUCGCUCCGCGGCACCCACCUCUCGGCAGGGAGCAGUUGGCACGUGACGGUCAAUGGCUCCGAGUGUCCCCUGGCCGAGCAGCCCAGGCAGGGCGAUGGGGUGAUUCGGUGCACCGUUCCCGCCGCCGGUGGCCUGGGCACAGCCUGGGUGGCCCUGUGGAUCGACGGGGAGCAGUUCCCGGCCCCCCUGCCCUUCCAGUACCGUCCUGACCCCCUCGUUUCGGCCGUCAUCCCCAUCUGCAGCUUUGAGGGCUCGAUGCUCACCAUCAUCGGCACCCACCUGGACUCGGUGUAUCGCGCCAAGGUCCGCUUUGAAGCCAGCGGCGUGAGGACUGAAGCCACAGUAAGUAUCACGGACGUGGAGGAGGUGGAGGAGUUCCUGCGCGAGGGCAUCCUCAUGAAGAGCUUCCACCACCCCCAGGUGCUCUCGCUGCUGGGGGUGUGCUUGCCCCGCCACGGGCUGCCCCUUGUCGUCCUGCCCUACAUGCGCCAUGGGGACCUGCGACACUUCAUCCGCGCCCAGGAGAGGAGCCCCACGGUGAAGGACCUCAUUGGCUUCGGGCUCCAGGUGGCCCUGGGCAUGGAGUACCUGGCCCAGAAGAAGUUUGUGCAUCGGGACCUGGCGGCCAGGAACUGCAUGCUGGAGAAGACGCUGACGGUGAAGGUGGCUGACUUCGGGCUGGCGCGGGACGUGUUCGGCAAGGAGUACUACAGCAUCCAGCAGCACCGCCACGCCAAGCUGCCCGUCAAGUGGAUGGCACUGGAGAGCCUCCAGACCCAAAAAUUCACCACCAAGUCGGAUGUGUGGUCCUUCGGGGUGCUCAUGUGGGAGCUGCUGACGCGGGGGGCAUCGCCCGGUGGCAGAUGUCACAUCUGCAAGGAGUUCAUCCCGACGAGGAGGCCCCCUCCGCCCCACUUGUGGGGCAAAAAUCCCCUAGAACAAGACAUGGGAAAAGAGGAGGAGGGGGCAGUGAUGGGCAUCACCCCCUGGCUGCGCAUCCAGAGCUCGGGAUGGGGGCUGGAGGAGCUGUGGCAUCGCAGCCUCUACUGGGAGCUGGGUGUCUGCCCCAAGGAGGUGGCGGUGAUGGCCACGGACGCCCCGCUCUCCCCUGCCACCAACUGGGAAAAGGUGGCCAAGCUGCUCUUCAAGGGCUUUGGUGUGCCGGCCACGCUGGGGGCCCGUGGGGUCUGUCUGCUGCUGGUGGGGGCACCACACUGCUGCGUGGCUUCGCCCGGCACCUGGCCACCGAGCUGGGGGUCUCCCCCGACGCUGCCCCCUGACGCCAUGCGGCCACCUGGCUGGGUGGCUCGCUAG